AUGACUGCCACGGGGGGCGGCAAAGCACCCGCCCCGGGCGGCGGGCAGAUCGACGAGGACCUGCACAGCCGGCAGCUCGCCGUGUACGGCCGGGAGAGCAUGACGCGCAUGGCCAGCGCAAGCGUGCUCGUCAUCGGCCUCAAGGGUCUGGGCGCGGAGAUCGCGAAGAACGUGAUCCUCGCGGGCGUGAAGGCGGUCACGCUGUUCGACAACGGCGCCACCGAGCUCGCGGACCUCUCCGGGCAGUUCUACCUGGGGGAGUCCGACGUCGGGAAGCCGCGCGCGCAGGCGUGCAUGGCGAAGCUCGCGGAGCUCAACCGCGCGGUCCAGGUGGAGGCCAGCACCGCCGACGAGGCGGACUUGACCAAGGGGGAGUUUUUGCGUCAGUUCCAGUGCGUGGUGGCCACCGACAUGCGCGCCGACGCGUGCGUCGCCGCGGACGCGGCCUGCCACGCCCAGGGCAUCCCGUUCAUCCGCGCGGACGUCCACGGCGUGUUCGCGCGCGUGUUCUGCGACUUUGGCCCUGAGUUUGUCGUGGCCGACACCGACGGCGAGGAGCCGCACACCGGCAUCAUCGCCUCCAUCGAGAAGGGCAGCCCCGCGCUCGUCACCUGCAUCGACGACGAGCGCCUGCAGUUCCAGGACGGCGACCUCGUGACGUUCACGGAGGUGGAGGGCAUGACCCCGCUGAACGACGGCGUGCCACGCAAGGUGAUGAACUGCAAGGCCACGUCCUUCCAGCUGGACUGCGACACGACGGGCUUCCCGGAGUACACCCGCGGGGGCAUGGUCGCGCAGGUGAAGCAGCCGAAGAAGCUGGCCUUCAAGCCGCUCAAGGACGCGCUCGUUGCGCCCGGCGAGAUCAUGAUGAUGGACUUCUCGAAAUUCGACCGGCCCCCGCACCUCCACGUGGCGUACCAGGCGCUGGACGCGUUCGUGGCGCGCGAGGGGCGCCUCCCGCGGCCGUGGGACGGCGCGGACGCGGACGCGGUGGUCGCGCUGGCCAAGGAGGCCAACGCGGCGCUGACGGAGGCCGCGCGGGUCGAGGAGGUCGACGCGAAGGUCGCCGGGCUGCUCGCGAAGACCGCGGCGGGGCAGCUCAACCCGAUGUGCGCGACUGUCGGCGGCAUCGUCGGGCAGGAGGUCGUCAAGGCCGUUUCGGGGAAGUUCCACCCCGUGCACCAGUUCCUGUACCUGGACGCGAUCGAGGCGCUGCCGGACGAGGCGGAGAUGACGGCCGAGGAGGCGGCGCCGACGGGCUCGCGGUACGACGGGCAGAUCGCGGUGCUGGGCAAGCGCCUGCACGCCAAGGUGGCGGCGCUCAACGUGUUCACGGUGGGCGCCGGCGCGCUCGGGUGCGAGUUCCUGAAGAACUUCGCGCUCAUGGGCGUCGGGUGCGGCGGGGGCACCGUCACCGUCACCGACGACGACCAGAUCGAGCGCUCCAACCUGUCGCGGCAGUUCCUGUUCCGCGACUGGGACAUCGGGCAGCCCAAGUCGACGUGCGCGUCGCGCGCGGCCAAGGCCAUCAACCCGGCGCUGAACAUCCGCGCGCUGCAGAACCGCGUGAGCCCGGACACGGAGGACGUGUUCAACGCCGAGUUCUGGGAGGGCCUCGACGUCGUCGUGAACGCCCUCGACAACGUCAAGGCGCGCCUCUACGUCGACCAGCGCUGCGUCUACUUCGGCAAGCCGCUCCUCGAGUCGGGCACGCUCGGGCCCAAGUGCAACACCCAGAUGGUGAUUCCGGAGAUGACGGAGAACUACGGGGCGUCGCGGGACCCGCCGGAGAAGGAGGCGCCGAUGUGCACGGUGCACUCGUUCCCGCACAACAUCGACCACUGCCUGACGUGGGCGCGCUCGGAGUUCGAGGGGAUGUUUGACCACUCCCCCUCCGAGGCGCGCAAGUUCCUCGCGGACCCGAAGGCGUUCCUCGCCGACGCGCGCGCCACGCGCGACGUCAGCGCGAAGGAGUCGCUCGAGAAGUGCGUCUCGGUGCUCGUCCGCGACCGGCCCGGGAGCUACGAGGACUGCGUGGCGUGGGCGCGCCACCGCUGGCAGGACUACUUCCACAACCGCAUCGCGCAGCUCACGCACACGUUCCCCGAGGACGCCGUGACCUCCACGGGCGCGCCGUUCUGGUCCCCGCCCAAGCGCUUCCCCACCGCGCUCACCUUUGACGCCAGCGACGCCUUCAACCAGCUCUACGUCCGCGGCAUGGCCAACCUCAAGGCCGGCGUGCACGGCGUGCCGCUCCCGGACUACGCCCUCGACGCCGCGGAGGUCGCCCGCCGCGCCGCGGCCAUCCCCGUCACGCCGUUCACGCCCAAGGAGGGAGUCAAGAUCGAGACGGACCCGAACAAGAAGGAGACCCCCCAGGCCGGCGUCGACGACGACAAGGUCGUCGAGGACCUCUGCGCGCAGCUCGAGCAGGCGCUCGGCUCCGGCGCGGUGUCGGCCGCGAGCACGGUCGCGCCGGUGACGUUUGAGAAGGACGACGACACCAACUUCCACAUGGACGUGAUCGCCGCGCUGGCCAACCUGCGCGCGCGCAACUACGGCAUCGCGGAGAUCGAGCGCUUCAAGGCCAAGCUCAUCGCGGGCCGCAUCAUCCCGGCCAUCGCCACCGCGACCUCCCUGGCGACGGGCCUGGUCUGCCUCGAGUUCUACAAGGUGGCGCGCCACGUCGACAAGGCCGGGCACGCGCGCGCGGACGUGCCCAUCGAGUCCUUCCGCAACGCCUUCAUCAACCUGGCGAUCCCGCUGUUCACCAUGUCGGAGCCCAUGCCGUGCGCGCGCCUGGAGUACAAGCCCGCGGGGCUGAAGUGGACGCUGUGGAGCCGCUGGGUGCUCGAGGGGGACCUGACGGUGCAGGAGGUGCUCGACUGGUUCGCGGAGAAGGGCGUGGAGGCGUACUCGAUCUCUUGCGGCACGGCGCUGCUGUACAACUCCCUGUUCCCGAAACACAAGGAGCGGCUGGGGAAGAAGGUGUCGGAGCUGGUGCAGACGGUCGCCAAGGUGGUCGUGCCGGAGGGGCAGCGCCACGUGGACGUGGUCGUGGCGUGCGAGGACGAGGAGGGCGAGGAUGUGGACGUGCCUCUCGUGAGCGUCAGGUACAGGUGA